CACCGCCAACUGUGUUGUCCUUGCCUUGGAGCAGCACCUCCCCGGAGAGGAUAAGACCCCCAUGGCAAAGAGACUGGAGAAGACAGAGCCGUACUUCAUUGGGAUCUUCUGCUUUGAGGCGGGGAUCAAGCUAGUGGCCCUCGGUUUUGUUUUCCAUAAAGGCUCCUACCUGAGGAACGGCUGGAACGUCAUGGACUUCAUAGUCGUCCUCAGUGGGAUCCUGGCCACUGCUGGUGCCCACAUGAACAUUCCAGUGGACCUUCGGACCCUGAGGGCAGUGCGAGUGCUGAGACCUCUUAAACUUGUCUCCGGGAUCCCCAGCCUGCAGAUUGUGCUGAAGUCCAUCAUGAAGGCCAUGAUCCCGCUGCUCCAGAUUGGCCUUCUCUUGUUCUUUGCCAUCCUCAUGUUUGCCAUCAUUGGUCUGGAGUUCUACAGCGGGAAGCUUCACCAGACCUGCUUGCCAUCUGUCGAAAUCCUCGACAAUGAGACUGUCGACUCGACAGAGUUGGCGUUCGCCUGCGGAGUGAGGAAGUGUCCAGAGAAGUACGACUGCAACGACACCUGGAUUGGACCCAACGACGGCAUCACGCAGUUCGACAACAUCCUGUUUGCUGUACUCACAGUCUUCCAGUGUAUCACCAUGGAGGGAUGGACAGCCGUUCUUUAUAAUACCAACGACGCCUUGGGUACCACAUGGAACUGGAUGUACUUCAUUCCCCUCAUCAUUAUUGGCUCGUUCUUUGUGCUGAACCUGGUGUUGGGAGUCCUGUCGGGAGAAUUUGCCAAGGAAAGGGAGAGGGUGGAGAACAGGCGGGCCUUCAUGAAGCUACGCCGCCAGCAACAGGUGGAAAGAGAACUGAACGGCUACCGAGCCUGGAUAGACAGGGCAGAGGAGGUAAUGCUUGCAGAGGAGAAUAAAAGUUCUGGGAGAUCGCCGUUAGAUGUGCUAAAGAGAGCGAGUAAGAAGACUGGUGCACGGAGAGGAGCGCCAGGGGACGAGAAGUAUACGGACAUGUCUACUGCCAGCAUGUCGCGAUCGAGGAUGAACUUCCGCAGCGGCCGGCGAGGCCCCGCUGCCUACCUGCGGCGUAAAGAGCGCAUGUUACGCAUCUCCAUCCGCCGCAUGGUGAAGACAGACACUUUCUACCUGAUGGUACUCAGUCUGGUGGCUCUCAACACCAUAUGUGUGGCCAUUGUCCACCACAACCAGCCCGACUGGCUGACCAUCUUCCUCUACUAUGCAGAGUUUGUUUUCCUGGGUCUGUUUUUGGCUGAGAUGUUUUUGAAAAUGUAUGGUCUGGGUUUCCGGCUCUACUUCCAUUCAUCUUUCAACUGCUUCGACUGUGGGGUUAUUGUUGGCAGCAUCUUUGAGGUGGUUUGGGGCUUCUUCAGGCCUGGCAUGUCAUUUGGGAUCAGUGUACUGAGGGCACUGAGACUUCUGAGAAUUUUCAAGAUCACCAAAUACUGGGCCUCUCUCAGGAACCUGGUUGUGUCCCUCAUGAGCUCCAUGAAGUCCAUUAUCAGCCUGCUUUUUCUUCUCUUUCUCUUUGUUGUGGUGUUUGCUCUGCUGGGAAUGCAGCUUUUUGGAGGAAGGUUCAUAUUUGAAGAUUACACUCCCACCAACUUUGACACGUUUCCAGCUGCCAUCAUGACAGUGUUUCAGAUUCUGACUGGUGAGGACUGGAAUGAGGUGAUGUAUAAUGGGAUUCGCUCGCAGGGUGGAGUGCAGUAUGGAAUGUGGUCAUCGAUCUACUUCAUAGUGCUCACCCUGUUUGGAAACUAUACACUGCUGAACGUCUUUUUGGCCAUCGCUGUGGAUAAUCUGGCCAACGCACAGGAACUGACAAAGGAUGAAGAGGAGGAGGAGGAGUUUUUCAACCAGAGAUAUGCCAGAGGCAGAGAUGGCCUUAUAUCUGAUGGGAGGAGAAGGCCCUACCUAUACAGGAAACGAGCCAUCCACCGAGGCCGACCAAACUUCCCAGAUGAGCCCGAGGACAAGACAGGGGCCCCAGACGAACAGCCCCUCAAUGGCUCUAACGCCUUCGUCAGCCGCCGCGAGAGGAGGAGAAAGGUUCACAUGUCAGUGUGGGAGCAGAGAGCCAACCAGCUACGCAAACGGCGCCAGAUGGCAAGCAGAGAGGAGCUGUUUGCAAGCCCUACAGAGGACACUGUUGAGACUCCCACCAUACCCCACCUCGCCGAGCCCAGCCCAACUCACCUGCCUGAGUCUCCCAUGUCUGUGGGGAUGCCCAUCCCUGAGCCCCCGAUGUCCAUCACCAUCCCCAUCCCUGAGCCUCCGACGGUUGAGCCUCUAGUAAACCUGAGCGAGGAGAAAACUGGAGGAGCUAACCACCGGACCACAGGCGGAGGCAGGCACAGGAUGGCCCGCAAGUUCAGACCCAGUCAAGGGCCAGACGAAGGGGCGAGACACAGACGGCACCGUCACCGCGAUGCUCGCGCUGAAGCCAAGAGUCUGGACUGCACCCAGGCACCUCAUGAGGUGCCACAAGUCAGACGGUCGCACAGCCAGGAGAGGAAGAUACUGGAUGAGAAGGAAGAGAAGGAUGACAGAGAGGAGAGAGAAAAAGCAGAGGAAGAAGGAGGGUCAGUCCAAGAAGAUGGUGGAACAUGCAUCAUCAACCCGUACGCAGAAGUUGGAGAAGACUGUCGAAGGGACAUUCCCGAUCCUCCUCAGUGUGAGCAGCUGCUGGACUGUACCUGGUCAGAGCAGGGUGAAGGCGGGCACUCAGACCAAAACAUCCCAGUGGAGCCCGCCUUAGAGGCCACAGAGUUCAGUGUGAGGGCCAUCGAGUCUGAGAGCCGCCCGGUCUCCAUCAAACGGGACAAGUCCAACCUGGUUGGAAGCGUGGCCAUCGAAAUGUCUGCACAACCGCUGCUUGAGCUCACACCCAUGACAGUGAACAGUAAAGAGUUGGAGGCAUACCACUCUGAACAGACAGACAAAGAGGACGACACAGAGAAGGAGGAGGAUGAGGAGGAUGAGGAUGAUGAGGAGGAGGACGAGGAGGAACCUCCGGUUCCUCCCAAACCUGUAGCUCCAGAUAGCAUGUUCAUCUUUAAGGCCUCCAACCCUAUCAGGAGGAUCUGUCACUAUAUGGUCACUAUGCGCUACUUUGAGAUGACCAUUCUCCUUGUGAUCGUGGCGAGCAGCAUUGCACUGGCUGCUGAGGACCCCGUGUGUACCAAUUCAGACAGAAACAAGGUCCUCCGUUAUUUCGAUUAUGUCUUCACUGGAGUGUUCACCUUUGAAAUGAUCAUCAAGAUGAUAGACCAGGGUCUCAUUCUGCACGAUGGCUCUUAUUUCCGAGACAUGUGGAACAUCCUGGACUUCAUUGUGGUGGUGGGAGCUCUGAUAGCCUUUGCUCUAACAAACAACAAAGGCAGAGACAUCAAGACAAUAAAGUCCCUCCGAGUUUUAAGAGUUCUGCGGCCUCUUAAAACCAUCAAGAGGCUUCCUAAACUCAAGGCUGUUUUCGACUGUGUGGUCACAUCUCUGAAGAACGUCUUCAACAUCCUCAUUGUGUACCAGCUCUUCAUGUUCAUCUUUGCUGUCAUUGCCGUGCAGCUCUUCAAGGGGAAGUUCUUCUACUGCACUGACAGCUCCAUGAAUUCAGAGAAGGCAUGCCAAGGCUACUACAUUGACUACAGCAGAGACAAAAAGGAGGUGAAGAGGAGAGAGUGGAAGAGACACGAGUUUCACUACGACAACGUCUGCUGGGCCCUCCUCACACUUUUCACUGUCUCAACUGGAGAGGGAUGGCCUCAGGUCCUGCAGCACUCUACUGAUGUUACAGAGGACAGCAUGGGGCCAAGUCGAGGGAACCGAAUGGAGAUGUCUGUUUUCUACGUGGUCUACUUUGUGGUCUUCCCGUUCUUCUUUGUCAACAUCUUUGUGGCUCUGAUCAUCAUCACCUUCCAGGAGCAGGGUGACAAGAUGAUUCAGGAGUGCACUCUGGAGAAGAACGAGAGGGCUUGCAUCGACUUUACCAUCAGCGCCAAGCCGAUGACCCGCUACAUGCCCCAGAACAGACAGACUUUCCAGUACAGACUGUGGCACUUUGUGGCAUCGCCUUCUUUUGAGAACACAGUGCUAGUCAUGAUCGCUCUCAACACUGUGGUCCUCAUGAUGAAGUACCACUCGGCCCCGGCAGCCUACGACAUGGUCCUUAAACACCUCAACUCGGCCUUCACUGUCCUCUUCUCCAUGGAGUGUAUACUCAAGAUCAUGGCAUUUGGUUUGGUGAACUACUUUCGAGAUACUUGGAAUAUUUUUGAUUUCAUCACUGUUCUUGGCAGCAUCAGCGAAAUAAUUGUGGAUUUACAGUCGGUGAACACCAUCAACAUGAGUUUCUUGAAGCUUUUCCGAGCAGCUAGGUUGAUCAAGCUGCUGAGACAGGGUUACACCAUUCGUAUUCUUCUGUGGACCUUUGUACAAUCUUUCAAGGCUCUUCCUUAUGUUUGUCUUCUCAUUGCUAUGCUUUUCUUCAUAUACGCCAUAAUUGGAAUGCAGGUGUUUGGAAACAUCAAGCUGAAUGAUGAGAGUCACAUAAAUCAACACAACAAUUUUAAGACCUUUUUCAGUGCGUUGAUGCUGCUCUUCAGGAGUGCGACAGGGGAGUCCUGGCAGGAGAUUAUGCUUUCGUGUCUGUCUGGUCAGGAGUGUGAACCAGACUCCUCCAUCUCCCCUCUAACCAUGUCUCCAGACCACGAGGGAGGCUGUGGGACUGACUUUGCCUACUGCUACUUCGUCUCAUUCAUCUUCUUCAGCUCGUUUCUGAUGCUAAAUUUGUUUGUGGCUGUGAUUAUGGAUAACUUUGAGUACUUGACGCGAGACUCCUCAAUUCUGGGUCCCCAUCACCUGGACGAGUUUGUUCGCAUAUGGGGGGAGUAUGAUCGUCUGGCAUGUGGUCGUAUCCAUUACACUGCCAUGUAUGAGAUGUUAACCCACAUGUCACCACCCCUGGGCCUGGGCAAAAAAUGCCCUGCUAAGAUCGCCUACAAGAGGUUGGUGUUGAUGAACAUGCCUGUAGAUGAGGACAUGUCCGUUCACUUCACCUCCACACUGAUGUCGCUCAUCCGCACAGCUUUGGACAUCAAAAUAGCUAGAGGAGGUGAGGACCGUAUCACUCUGGAUAGUGAACUACAAAAAGAGAUCAGUAUCAUUUGGCCUUAUCUGCCUCAGAAGACAUUGGACCUACUGGUACCUAUCAACAAAGAUACAGACAUGACAGUGGGAAAGAUCUAUGCUUCGAUGAUGAUAAUGGACUACUUCAAACUGAACAAAGCCAAGAAGCUCAGGCAACAACUUGAAGCUCAGAAGAGUAGCUUAAUGUUUAAGCGUCUGGAUGGCUCUGCGCUUCCCGAGGAAAUUCUGUCCAACACCCAGACGCUGCCUAUGAUGGCCCACAGCGCUGGGUCAGCCCUGACCAGAGGAGGAUUUGUGGCUUUGAGCCCCAUCUCCCCUCAGGAACUGUUUUUGCAGCCCAUAAGCUCCGACCCUGAUGCUAGUCAAGAGCAAAAUCUGACGGAGGUUGCAAGUGGCUCCAUGAAACGUUCAGCCUCCACCGUUGCAGAUCAGCAGGUGAACGGUCUGUGGCAGGAGGAGAAAAGUCCUGAGAGAUUCUAUCGACCUCGUCACAAAAGCUACAAGGCUGCUGUUUCUCGGUCAGAGCACAGGCAGCAGGGCGACAGGGAGCGUGGCCGGUCUAAGGAGCGCUGUCACCUCCUUUCUCCAGACGAGUCUCGUUGUAACUCAGAAGAGAGAAGUUUGCAGCCCUCACGAUCCUCUAGUGUAGAGAGAGCACACCCCCAAGAUAAACAGGGAAACAGCUCCGACAGUCCGGUGCCCUCCACCUCAGAGUCCAGCACCCCGAGUGGCCGACGACCGAUAUCACAGACCCGCUCUCGCCCUCACAUCUCCUACUCUCCGCUUCACCCCUCCGUCGGUGAAGACGAGGAUGAGCAAGGCAGCCCAGAGACCAUGAGGCGGGGCAAGCCCAACUGGGAGACCCAAGAGCGGGUCACAGGUGACAGGCUGAGCGAGGCAGGCCGAGACCCGUCCCCACCUCGGCGCUACCCCUCAGAGCCGUUCCUAGCCUCCCAAGAGGGGGACCACAGCCCAGACCCCUCCGGCCCCAUGGAGACGUUGACCUUCGAGGCGGCUGUGGCCUGCAGCCUGGGACGCUCAAACACCAUCAGCUCGGCCCGCCCACGCUUGCGGACUGGCUGGCAGGUCCCCAACGGACACUUUCGGAAGCGCCUGGCACAGACAACCUCUGUUGCCGGCUGUGAUCCUCUCAGCGACACAGAGGAGGACGACCGGUGCUAGGGACAGGAGGCACAGCAUGAGGGAGGAGGGGGAAUCCCAGAGAGGUGUUAAGACUCUGUACAACAGUACAAAGCGAAGGUUAAUGUGACUCUUUUUGCAUCACUGCUUAGAGGCCACGAGCACUCUGGAUGUUUGAUAAAAUAUGAACCCAAAACGAACGAAAAGAACUUCCUGAAACUGUAGUUGCCAAUUCACACACUGACAAUAAAUAAGGUCUAUUUCCUGACUUGUACUUGAUGAUAGAGAGUAAUAAUACAUCUCAAAUAGUUGCGGGAUGCAAAAAAUAAAUGAAUGGAUCAAAUUAUGUAAUUUGUGUCAAUGGGUAUUUUCAUUUCUGAAGAUGUUUCUAAAUGAUUCAGUGUUGAUCUUAACAUUUAUCUGUGGGGGUGUGUGAAUAUGUAACUACAUUUUCUUAUAAAUUAAUUGUUUUGUAAAAUACAUUGUGAUCAUCACACCAUUGCCAUUUAUUAAAAUAGAACAAGCCAUGACGAAGAGGGUAUCUGAUACUUUACCAGACAAUGUGGAUACUAAUAAGUAACACUCAAUAAUGCUGGAUUUUUUUUACAGUGUGAAUGUAUGUGCAGGGGAAAAACUGCCUGAUUUCCUUUGCCAUUUAACUUUUUGGUAUUGAACAUGAUAAGUUGUCAGGUAUGAAUACAGUAAUAGAAUAACAGAAAAGUAUGCUUAUUUGUUUGUCCUUGUUAAAUCAUGCCUCUAACAAACCUCAAACCUUUAAAAUUAUCCUUAAAAACAGUCUUUUGCUUUUAUUUUUUACCAGUCAACACCCUUUAACUGAGAAUUUCCCAACAACUAUAUUUAACUUGUGUUGGGCGUGGAAUUUUACCAUGAACUGAUAUGAAAACAAAAUCAUCGUUCAUCUUUUUCUCCCUUGUGAAUAUUGUAUGAACCAUUGCAGACGAUGACUGUAGAAACACAUUGUAGACACCCCAUGACACAUUUGCUUCACAGAUUAACAUUACUCUAUUACUUACUAAUAAUGUACAGAGAAAUUAUGCUGUUUGUAACAUUUAGAGAACACAAUAACAAUAAACAGUAUCCGCUGAUGGGCUUUCAAGGUAAAGGAAUCUUUGGAAAUGUUCAUUUUAAGGUUUGUGUUUCUGUUUUAUUUGCCUGAAGAAGGCCAAUUCUGUGAAACUGACUUAACCAAAAACAUGGCGAUU